AUGGUUUUGGAAUUAAACGCUUCAGAUGACAGAGGAAUUGAUGUCGUCAGAAAUCAAAUCAAAAGCUUUGCCUCUACAAUGCAAAUAUUUAGCAAAGGUUUCAAGCUAAUCAUUUUAGAUGAGGCCGACUCAAUGACUUCAGUAGCCCAAAAUUCGUUAAGGAGGAUUAUAGAGAAGUACACAAAGAACACGAGGUUUUGUAUUUUAGCAAAUUAUGCGCAUAAGCUAAACCCUGCUUUGCUUUCGAGGUGUACGAGGUUUAGAUUUCAUCCCAUAUCAGAAAAGGCGAUUCAGAAUCGAUUAAAGGAAGUUAUAAUAAAAGAAAAUAUAAAAAUUGAUCCAAAGGCAGAGGAUGCAUUGAUUAAAUUAUCGAAUGGUGACAUGAGACGUGUGUUGAAUGUUUUGCAGGCAUGCAACGCUUCAAGGGACGACGAUGAAGAGAUUGACCCGAACAUGAUCUACGACUGUAUCGGCGCCCCACAUCCGCAGGAUAUAGAGACAGUACUAGACUCAAUCUUGCAAGAUGACUGGACUACGUCAUUUACCACGAUAGAUAAAUUUAAGAAAUUAAAGGGAUUGGCUCUCGUGGACUUAAUAACUGGUUUCAUUGAUAUCUUGAACAAUUAUGAUUUAAAACCAAAGGUAAGAGUCGAGAUAUUGAAAGGAUUAUCAGAUAUUGAGUAUGGAAUAUCAAAGGGUGGUAACGAAAAAAUCCAUGGCAGUGCUAUCAUAGGUGUUAUCAAGAAUGCGAUGGAAUAUCAAGCAUAA